AGUCAGCUUUACUUUCCAAGUCAGCUUUACUUUCCCUUCCGCUCGCACUCGCUCGCUCGCCAUGUCGAUGGCAGCUCGCCGAGGCAAGCCAAAGAUUCGACCUCCUCGAAAGCUCGGCCCGGAUACCUCAAUCAAAGACACAUGGACCAAGCUCGCCAACGCGAUCAGGGAGAUUCAGAAUCACAACGCCUCGAAGCUGUCGUUCGAGGAGCACUAUCGCUAUGCCUACAAUAUGGUACUCCACAAACAUGGCGACCAACUCUAUAAUGGCGUCAAGGGGCUCAUAGCUGAACAUCUAGACCAACUCGCCCGAGAUACCAUCGUGCCAACCUUCCCACGUACCUCUGGAUCCUCUAGUCGCGGUGCAGAAGCCAUCGAGCGCGCCAUGGAGGGCGAUCGCUUUCUCAAAGCCGUCAAGGGGGUCUGGGACGACCACACGGGGAGUAUGCGAAAGCUCAAAGAUGUGCUCAAAUACAUGGACAGGUCAUAUACCACGUCGGCUGGAGUCCCCGACAUCUACGAGGUCGGGCUCACGCUCUUCCUCCAACACAUCGUUCGAGCCACGCCGAUCCACACCCACCUCAUCGCCACCCUGCUCUCCCAAGUGCAACUCGAACGAGAUGGGGAGACAAUUACCCGUUCCACUGUUCGCGAAUGCGUCGAUAUAUUGCUGCGUCUGAGCAUCAACGAUUCCAAUGUCUAUCUCGCAGACUUUGAACCGGAAUUCCUCCGUCGCAGUGCAGACUUUUAUAAGCUCGAAGCGGUGACGAUGUUGGAGAAAGGCGAUUCGGCAUUGUAUCUCAGAAAUGUCGAGCGCCGUCUCAUCGAAGAAGCCGACCGCACAGCCCACUAUCUCUCCUCCAUGACCACAAAUCCCCUACAAGAUCUCCUCGUCGAGCAGCUCCUCAGUCCCCAUCUCUCUGCCAUCCUUGACGCCAGCACCGGCCUCACAUCCAUGGUGGACACCGAGAAGGUGGGCGAUCUCCGGCGACUGUACACUCUGCUCCUCCGUGUCCCCGAAAAUAUUGGUCGCGAUGCCCUCCGUCUCGCUCUCCGCAUCGACAUCGAAGAACGCGGCAAGGCGGUCAACCAAAGCGCGACCGAGACACCAGACAACGACGAAGACCCCAAAGGCAAGGGCAAGGCUAAAGAGUCCAACGCGUUGAGCUCUGCUCUGCGCUGGGUGCAAGACACUCUGGAUCUCAAAGACAAGUUUGACCAGCUGCUCGCUCAAGCGUUUGGCAACGACCUGUCCGUCCAGACAUCCAUCAACGAGGCAUUUCAAUCAUUCAUCAACGCCACACCUCGUGCCCCCGAGUUCCUCUCCUUGUUCAUCGACGAGCAUCUCAAAAAGGGGACGAAAGCGAAAACCGAGGACGAGAUCGACCAAGCGCUGGAGAAAACCAUCAUCCUGUUCCGCUUCCUCCACGACAAGGACAAAUUCGAGCGCUACUACAAGAACCACCUAGCUCGGCGGAUGCUGUAUGGACGAAGUGCCAGUGACGAUGCAGAGAAGGGCAUGGUAGCCAAGCUCAAGGUCGAGAUGGGCUUUCAAUUCACCCAGAAACUCGAAGGCAUGUUCACGGACAUGCGUAUAUCGAGCGAAGGUGCGACAACGUUCCGCAAUUACCUCAAUCGCCACGGCGCCCUUCCAUUCGAUCUCUCCGUCAAUGUCCUCACCGCUUCCUACUGGCCCCAGGCCAUCGCCGCCGCUUCCACUUGCACGUUCAAUUCCACCCUGGCCGUGGCCACGUCCACAUUUCAGAGGUACUACGACUCGCGUCACAGCGGUCGUCGCCUGACAUGGCAGGGCAACCUCGGUCACGCCGAUGUUCGCGUGCGAUUCAAAGCUCGGACGCACGAUCUCAACGUGUCAACUCAAGCCCUCGUCGUGCUCCUCCUGUUUGAAGAUGUCGACGAACUAUCCUAUGAGGACAUACAAGCCGGGUCAGGCCUCGCCGACGCCGAACUCGGUCGUACCCUGCAGUCCCUCGCCUGCGGCAAGUUCCGUAUCCUGCUCAAGACGCCCAAAGGUCGCGAAGUCAACCCCGGGGACAUUUUCGCCUUCAACGACGGCUUCACCUGUCCCCUCGCCAAGAUCAAGAUCAUGCAAGUCGCCAGCAAAGUCGAAUCCCCAAGAGAGCGCGAAGAAACCCAAGUCCAGGUCGACGAGGAGCGCAAACAUGUGGUCGAGGUGAGCAGGCUGCGCCGGACUCGCUGAUGCCAGGCGUGUAUUGUCCGUGUCAUGAAAAAUCGCAAAACCAUGACUCACAACGAUCUCAUCACCGAGGUCGCCCAUCAACUCUCCACCCGCUUCAAUCCAUCCCUUGGAAUGAUCAAGAAACGCAUAGAGGGGCUCCGACAUUGGUACGUAUCAUUA